AUGAUAACCAAACAAAAGAAGAAGAAGACGGCCUCCAAUGGACAGCUUGGGGAUCCAAAUGAUUAUCAACCACAUACAGGCAAUGUUAGUAGUGGCAUUUGGAAGGCAUUCCAUAUUGCCAAAGACGGCCAAUCAAUGAUGUGUUUGGCUUGCCUGAGAUGUUAUGUGUAUAAUGCAGAGAAUCAAUCAACUUCACCAGGAAUAAAUCAUUUAAAAGCAAACAUAGAUUGUUUAUCAAAGCUUGGUCUCACUAAAGAAGAAGUCCUCGAGAAGAAUAAGAGCAAACAACUAUCAACAAUGGAUAUGUUCACGACCAAACUCUCAAACACCAAACAACUCACCCAGCUGAGUCACAAGGAAUGGGUACUUCGUUUUCUUGUUGACAAAGACCUUCCACCCAACGUAUUGGACUCUUUGGAGUAUCAAAUGAUGAUUAAGACGGCACCCCAACAUCUCAAUGCUGGGAGCAAACCUCUUACUGCAGAUAUCGCAAGGCGCGCUAUUAGAGACGAGUACAUUGAAAGAGAUGAGAAACUAAUCAAUGAGCUCAAGGAUGUCAAGAAUAUAGCCAUCUCCCUCGACUAUCUCACAAAGAAUACUGUUACCUUUCUUGGUGUAAUAGGGUCCUACUUUACCAAGGAUCUAGAUCUUCGCAGGCCAAGACAGGUGACAAUCUACAUCAAUAUCUUGAAGAUCGACUGGAGAA